AUGAAGUCGAAUUCACAGACGAAAAUUGGAUCUGGAGCCUAUAUUCUGACAUCAACUUUACCAGACGAAUAUCGUAGUGCAGCCAUCAUAAAGCCAUCCAGAAUUCCUACCUCGGACGAUGAGGCAACAUAUGUUGCGUUCUAUACACUGGUCGUGUCGUUCAUUUGGCUAAAUGGCGGCGAACUAAGCGAACAGAAGCUGAGGCGAUAUCUUCUUCGCUUGAAUGCCGACCAAAAUGUAUCAAGUGAGAAGACCGAAACGACGCUCAAGAAAAUGGAAAGACACGGCUAUGUCAUCAAAAGGGUAGAGCGUCCACCGCUUGGCCAAGAUGGCGAGCAAACCAUCACAUGGCAUGUUGGGCCCAGAGCAAAAGAAGAAAUUGGGCUGGACGGUGUGGUUGGAUUGGUGCGAGAGCUGUACGGGGGGUCAUCAGAGGACUUGGAGAAGAAGCUGAAGGCUAGUCUUGGCAUAAAGGAGCUGCGAACGAUGAGGGAUGAAGGAGAUGAAGCGGAAACGAGUGGGGAACGAGUAUGA